GUGGGCAUCUUGGGAGGUAAUCAGCCUUCUUCUGUCCUAUUCUGUUCCAGCUGCUGCCAGUGUGGGUACCUGCUCUAUAAGGGAAAGGCCACUGCUCUCACUGACUCCCAGCUGUGAUGUCUGGUCACUCCCCCUCCCUCCUGGAGCAGCCCCACCCAGGGUGCGAGCCCACCCAGUGGCCCUUGUGAAGUGGUGAUCACUCCGACCAGCAGGGGUGGAAGAUGGUACCAGUCAACCGUGAGCCGGAGGAGGAGCCUGAAGCCGCUGCCGAGAGAUGGACGACCCCACGCCUGAGCCCGUCUUCGUCGACGUGGACAAAGGACUGACCUUGGCCUGCUUCGUCUUCCUCUGCCUUUUCCUCGUCGUGAUGAUCAUUCGCUGCGCCAAGGUCAUCAUGGACCCUUACAGCGCCAUCCCCACAUCCACCUGGGAGGAGCAACACCUGGAUGACUGAGGCGCCCGCGGGCGGGGGCCGCGGCGAGGGACCGAGAGCCCAGCGCUCUCUGGACAGGGUUGCCCCAGGAUGUGCCUCUGUCCCCUGGCCACCGGCUUUCCAGCCCAUGGAGGCGAGAAAGGAUUUGGCCACCCGGGGAUGGAGAAGGUUCACCUUAGCCUUGCCUGCUCUCACAGGAGCAGCAGGGUGAGAUGCUCGGGAUGCUGUGGGUGUUGCAGUGGUGGGCCAGUCUGGGGAUAAGAGCGCUGGACCGGGAGUCAGGAGGCCUGGAUUCCAGUCUGGGGAAUCACUGUGAGCCUAGGGGGCGGUCAUCUUCCCUGGCUCGCGCACACCUUUUGGCAUCGGAUACGGGACAGUCACCCACCAUCAUAACAACAGUGGUCUCGUUUUGAGGAAACUCUUGCCCUUAACAUGCAAAGUAGCACACACACUGGGAGGCUCCCAGCACAGACGUUCACCUGAGCCCCAGCCCCUUCCCAGUGGGCCAGCAAUGGAGCGCGUGGUGACGUGGGAAAGGAGGUGGAAGGUGAACCACCCCAAAUUCACAAAAGGCACAGGGGCUGCUUCCCAACAGUAUUUUUUUUAACUAAAAUAUAGAGGGGUAUAUUUUUCCUGUUAUAAAUGAAAUGUGUAUUUUGGAAGUUUGGGAAAAUACAGAAAAAAUAGAAGGAUGGGGGAAAAUAACCCUUAUAAUCCCACUUCCCCAAAGCCGCCAUUUUGAUAUAUUUUCUCCCAGCAUUUUUUACAUGUAUUUUUAAAUAGUCAAAAUCAUACCGUGUGCAUGACGUUGUAUCACUUCAUGUUAGAGCAUGGACACUUUCUCAUUUCAUCAAGCACUCUUUAUAGCCAUCAUUUUUACUGGCUGCAGAGUAUUCCAUCAGGUGGAUAAGUCAUAGUUUCAUAAUUAUCUCCUUUGGUCUUACAUUUCUUUUUUUUUUUUUUCCACUAACUUUUCCUCAUGCAAAAUUAUUUCACCCAGUGACCUCUUGAGAGCACACAGUUAUGAGAUUAAUAUCGGACAGGAAGACCUGGCUUCUAGUCCUGUCAGUCACUCUAAGGCUGUGUGACCUUGAGCAAGUCACUUCACCUCUCAGUGCCUCCGUUCCCUGAUUUUAAAAAGGGGAGGAAAAGCCUUGCCCUUUUUGUUUUGUGUAAACCUCGUGAAUGAAAGGACAGGAGUGGGAGUGCUUUGAAUGUAACCGUGCUGUGGGGUGAGACAAGGGAUAAGUUGUUUAUAAUGACUUCUCCCUCUUUUCCCACCCUUCUGACCCCCUCCCACCCCAUCACCUAUGUCUAAGACCUUGCAGCAAGAAUAUUGGACCAGAGCCCACAAACCUGGUCCCAAGUCCCAACUCCUCUACUUCCUUGCUAUAUGACCCCAAAUAACUCAGCCUCUCUGAGCCCCCGUUUCCUCAUCUGUAACAUGAGGGAAUAACAUCUACCUCACAAGGUUGUUGUGAGGAUGAAAUGAGAGAACAUGGGCAAACAUUGGUGUAUUUUCUUGAUAUUACCACCCCAGGAGAAGCCAGGGGUCUGAGCUGGGAGGAAGAGAGGUCUGGCUUCCCCCCUCUCUGCAGAGCCUGGAACCCUGGGCUUUUUUUCAGUUCCACUGCUGAAAGGCCAAAUCUCCCAGCCAGGACCACUGGUCAGAGGAAUACUCACAGCAACCUCUCCCAGCACCUGACCUCAAGGGAUAUGGUGUCUAUUAAUUUAUGUAAUUAUCAUGGUCAUCGGUAUUCCCACAAACAUAAUAUGAAGUUAAACUAGACCACCAGAAUUCCCCUUCCUUCUGAAUGCAUUUAUUCCAUUCCUCUAAGGCACACCUGCCACCCCCAUCAGAAGUGCCCUGCAGCUGUGAAGAAGCUCAAGGUUCCCUUCCCACAACCUGCCUCCCAGCCAUGGGUCCCGCUCCAUCCCAGGUCACCUGGGAAGUGGGUUUCCAAAGCACCAUCACCACUAGGUGACCCCUGAAAGUGAACAAGCCCACGGCUGCUCAGACAGCUUUCCAGGGCAUAUCCAGCUGUUCCUCCCUCCACACCCUCACUGUGUGUGAUGCACAAAGGGACAGCUGGCAAAGGCAGUGGACCAAGGUGCAUUGGAGGCUCUGUGUGAGAGGAGGAUCUAGAGCAAGGACCUUGUACAUUGCCUCAGGCCUAGAGGCAGCCUUCACUCUGCAGCCUACCUCAGAGAUACCAAACACUUCUGUGAAAAGCUCAUCAGCACGGAUGUACAAUGCAAAUCAGAACCAACGCCCAAUCAGCUAAUAACAGAUCCCAAGGAACAAGAAGAGGUCUUGAAGACCUCACUUGGAGAUACUUAGAGCUCUCAGGAGUGAAAAACAGGUGCCUGAGGGCCGUGCUACUCAAACCGUGAUGAAGGACAAAUAGCAUCUACAACAUUGAGGGGCUUGUUAGAAAUCCAAAAUCAUGGACCCCUACUCCAGACCUACAGAAUCAUAAUCUCUGGAGAUGGGGCCCAGGAAUCUCUUAGCAAGAGAUUUGUAUGCAUGUUAAAGUUUGAGAAGCACUACCCUGGGGAUCCUUUGGUCUCAAUUAUUUCUUUUCCACACCUAGAUUUGCUAAUAUUUCCCACUCUAUCUCUUGACUCUUUUUUUUUGGUGGCAAAGGGAAAUAACAUUUCAGAAAAAGAUGGAAAAUUUCAAACUCACUCCAAAUCCAAGCCUCCACAAAAUAGUGAUCUCUAUUGUGUGUCCAUGUGUUCCCUUCUAAUCCUUGUCCACGUGCAAGAUAUUUUUUUCAUAAAAGCCUUCGGUUACAUCAUUUAAACCAAUAUCUCCUAACAUUUCGUCAUAAGCAUGUUUCUGCUACAGUCUUCCUAUUUAUCAUUUUACUGGCUAUAAACCACACCAUCUAGUGCAUGUACAUAGUUAUCCAGAGUCCUAUUAAUAAGUACUUAGAUUGCCUUCAUUUUCCCUAUUAUACAUGUUGCAAAAUAAAAAGAAAGAAAGAAAGCUAAAGACAGAUAUGACGAACCCUGGGCUUGCUCAGGUUGGCGGAGAAUAAAUAUUUAAAUAACACCCCCUCCAGCUUAGACACACAUGGGGGACGAAGAGUCAUCUAAACAUUUGAUCAUAUUAAGGGGAAAAACCAACCGAAAUGUCAAGCUCCUGCUGUUGCUUUAGCUGCUAAAGGAUGGAGGAGAUGGUCCUUUGUCAUCAGAGCAUCUUAGCCAGUUUCUAGCUAGCUGAGAUGAAGUUUGGGGUUUUGUAUGGAGAGGUAAACUGUCCAGCAAAAGACAUGAAGAGAAUUUUUGAAGACUGGAAGCUGGCAGAGAGCAAAUGAAAAGCAUCUGUGGCAUUGGCCCUAAUCCAGGACUUAAGGCAAAAUAUGAUGAGAGAGAAACUCCCCGCUGCAGGGAAAGGGUGAUGGAUUUUCCGGACAGUGGUGUCUCGUGGCUGAUUUUACGUUGUGGCCUGUUCUGUGCUCUGCUACAGUCCCCCCAUGUUACUCCAAACCCUCAGUAAAGUCUGAUACACAAUCCACUUUGUGGUUGUGGUGUUUGGGGGCAAUAAAGACAUCUGGAAGGGGGUCAAUGUGAAGAAAUGUAAUCUGGAAAGGGAGAGUCAUCCCAGGGACAAGUGAGGUAGCAGAAAUAAUCAGAAACAGGAAAUCAGAAAGCAACUAUAGUCCAAGAAGAAUUAAUUUUAAAAAAUCAGAAUGACGGUUGCUAGCGUAAAUGUGACCCCUGAGAAUGCUCAGAUGGGCUGAUAUGAAUAAUAGCACACUCGUUUUACCAGCCUGGUAUAUCAAUUCCCAUCAUCUCCAUUUCAUUUUUUUCCGAUUAGUUGCUCAAAUAUCUACAUGCUCUUAUUGAAUUGAAAGACCCGUGACUCCCUCUCCUAUAAAAUUGCCCCAGAAUUUCGAGGCUAACUCAAUCCAAAAGGAGCUGGUCCUAGGGCUUCCCUGGUGGCGCAGUGGUUGAGAGUCUGCCUGCCGAUGCAGGGGACACGGGUUCUUGCCCCGGUCCGGGAGGAUCCCACAUGCCGCGGAGCGGCUGGGCCCGUGAGCCAUGGCCGCUGAGCCUGCGCGUCUGGAGCCUGUGCUCCGUGAUGGGAGAGGCCACAACAGUGAGAGGCCCGCGUACCGCAAAAAAAAAAACAAAAACAAAAGGAGCUGGUCCUGCUUCCAAAUGUCAGGUAGAGAGAAUUUCAAAGCCUGGUGUGUCCACUAGUGUGGUUUCACACCCUGCAGUCUAGCUGUUGAAGAUGGGUCCUACGUGCGUGAUGGAUGACAACCUGCAGUGCCCUCUUUGGUUUAUAGCCCAGUCUGCUGAGAGGCGCUCGAGCUAAGCUCACUGGUCCACAUUCCCAUGCUCAUUCGUUCUGUCCAAACAGUACAGCCAGGUUGGCUGUGUUCAGAGGGACAGGACGGCCUCGGCCAUACCCACUGGCCCCCUGAAUCCUCACGUCCUUGAUCACCAUCAGCUAAGACUCUCCCUCCUUCCUGGGGAGUUUGUCUUUGGGACCCGUAUCACUCAGAACCCUAGCAGGAAAGAGAUGCACACUCAAAGCAUUAAAUGAAGAGGGUUUAAUGAAAGAAUAUUCCCAGAGGUUGGGCAGGGUUAAGGGACACGAAAGGGGUUGGCAAAAUGCCCAUGAAGGGCAGCAGGGUGAGUCCAUGACCACUUGGGCCUGAAGCGACAAGGGGAAGGGGUGUUCCCAGAAUCCAGUGGAAGCUGUAGCAGUGGGAGAGGAGUCCCCCAACAAAAGCCAUGGCCACAGGUGGACAAUCAAAGUGCAACCCAGUGAGAAGAGACUAUAUACCUUGACUUCUCACCUCCUGCCCCCUAAUCUCCUAUGCCAUCGGCCAAGAACAGAAGCUAAAGGACAGGGGACUCUGGGUGAUAUCCUUCAUAUAUAUUAACGAACUAGAGCAAACGAAAACUAACCAGUACACUGCACCCCUAUUACCACUCAGCGUCCAUCGCGGAUGGGGAAAAUAUGUAUGUCCCCAACAUAGGGGACAUAUAAAUUCCCAUCAACAACCACAUUGUCUGAGGCUGCUAUCAGUUUAGGUCCACUCCCCCCGGAACUUCCAUUGUAACGUAUCCACCUCUAGGUGAGUGAAUGAAACGAUUCCUAUAAAGCACAGCUGCUGGAGUCCCGUCUUCUACGGCUGGUCAGGAGGCCUAGGCUGAUAACCACAGUGUCAUUCUUCUGCCACCCAUUCCAUAUCCCCUCUACCUUCUGGCGGUCCCUCCACUGCCGGAGUCUUUUAUCCAGUGGAAUGACCCAAAUCUUCCUUCACAGAGGAUCCAAAUUCUCGGGCACUGUCUUUUUUUUGGUUGCCAGUUUCCACUGAUCCCCACCCCCUCAAAGAACUUGACAAGGCCUUGAAGGCCUCACCUGGAAGCAUUUUUGAAUACUCAGGAGAGAACAGGUGCCCUAGGACAUCGCUAGUCAUGCUACGGUCAUAGGACGGAUAGCAUCAGCGUCACUGGGGAGUUUGCUAGGAAUCUAAAUGCAUACCCCCACCCCAGACCUACAGAGUAGGAUAUGGGAUGAGGAAUAACGAGAGAUUCCCCAGUGAAUCCCUGGGUUCCAGAGCUAGCCCUCCUUGCCCUCAUUGUGGAGCAAUACCGUUUCUUCUGAGAUAUUGGAAUAAAUCACCCUGACAGCACAGUGAUCUCCACCUCCUAGUCCAAGAUGAGGAGACCCAAAUGGCUACAGGAUGAUCUCAGCUUCCAAUUUAACAGACCCAUGACUAUGUUCCCUGGUGGAAAUAUUUCUUCUUUGUUACUAGGAAUUUCCAAACCCACCAAGUCCAAGGUCACAGGAUGGAAAACAAAAAUUCUAUAACUGGGUUAUUAGGUAUCAUAGUGAGAGGAAUCACUCUCGCUUCCAUCCCUUGGUUCCCAGACUAGCAUCAUCCAGCUCAAGGGAAGAUGCCAACGUAUAUUGGUCUCUGGUUUAAGGUGAAUACUGCAUCCUGUAGGUCAGCCACCAUACCCGAGCCUUCCACAGGCCAUUCUAAAUUUCACUCAAGCCAACUGCUUCUGGGUGAUGAGGCAUGUGGUAAACCAGUGAAUUUCCUGGACAUGAACCCACAGCUGCACUUCCUUCACAAGUGAGUUCUCAGGGACUUCCCUGGCGGUCCAGUAGUUAAGACUUCGCCUUCAAAUGCAGGAGGUGCGGGUUCGAUCCCUGGUUGGGGAGCUAAGAUCCCACAUGCCUCGGGGCCAAAAAACCAAAACAUAGAACAGAAGAAAUAUUGUAACAAAUUCAAUAAAGACUUUAAAAAUGGUCCACAUCAAAAAAAAAAAAAACUUUAAAAAACAAACAGACAAGAAACAAAUGGGUUGUCUGGUUGAAGGUCAUGUUUGUGAGAUACGCUGAGAUCAAUGAAACACCACAAGCGGCGAGGAGGGCAGAGGUAGCUAAUCCGUAUGCAGAAUACGAAUCUAUUCCCACCACCCUCCAUGAUGGAAGGGGUCCAGUGUAAUCAACUUGCCAGUGGUGGCUGGCCUGUCUCGCACGACCCAUCCCUGGGGAAGGAUGCCGUGUAUCAGGGGCUGGGCAUUGGCUUCAUCCUGGGCAGGGUGCAUACCCAGAAGUGAUGGAAACCAGCCAGGUGGGCCUUAGUGAGGGAAAGCCCAUGUUGUUAAACCCAUGUACAGCCUCCAUCCCUUCCACUACGGUCACUUUGUUCACAGUACCACUGAGAACACACCAGAGUGGAGAGGGGAAGGCAUCCUCAGGUUGGGUCAUGGUGUCCACCUGAUUACUGACAGUCUUCUCUGCAAUAGAUACCUUUUGAUAGGCAUUUAGGUGGCACAUGAAUAUCUUCACAUUCAGGGCUCCUUCAAAGACAUCCUUCUACAUACAUCUCCUCAAGACUGCCUUGAGUCCUCUCUUCCAAUCUUACUGCAGUUGGGUCAGCACUCUGAUUCCCCUACUGGGGAAAGUCAGAAGCUCCCAACAGCAUCUUUAUCUGCCACAGACACUUCCUGUACCAUUGGGUCUGCUGGGUCUUAAGGCUCAAUUGGUCAGGUAGCUUUUGUCCCAGCCUGAACCGUUCUAGAGCCCUUGAUUGCUCUGGGUCCCAUUCCGAGCCAGCAGCCUUAUGACGUACCCGGUAAAUGCAGCAGAGUGGCACACACAAAUGUGCUCCACAUUGCCUCAAAAGCCCAAAGAGGCCCAUCUUCCAUGGAUGCAAGGAAAAGCAAGGUUUCUCACCUAAGAGGGAAUGUCCCAACAUGCCCCCGACUGCUGGAACCCUAGAAAGUUCUCCAAGAUGGCAGGCUCCUGGACUUCCAUAGGGGUUUUCUCUCACCCUCUGGCAAGCACGGGCCAUGUGUGGUCCUUGCUACUUCACCAGAGCCGGUUGGCAUAAUGUCAUCUAUAUAAUAGACACUCAUGAAGUUCUGUGGGUUGUUAAGGUGAGCAGGGCCCCUACAAUACAACAGAGAGAAGGAAAAUGGCAAAUCCCUGAGGUGAUGCAAUUAAGGGGUACCACUGUCCCCUGCCCGAUGAAGGUGAACUCUUUUUUAUUACCUUUAUUUUUUUUUUCCUAAAGUAAAAAU